AUGCCUUUACCUUCAAAUAUAACUUGUCCUUUUCAUUCAAAUUAAUAGUAUUAUAUUUCAGCAGUUUGUCUAUAUGCAAAUUGUGAACAUCAACCAGCUCUAUGUUUAGCAUGUCAAAAAGACUUUCAUUCAGAUCAUUAAUAAUUUUGUUAUACUUUUUAAGAAAUAGAAGAAAAAACUAAGAAUUUAGAUUCAGUUAUGGAUAUUAAAUAAUCAUAUAUGAUAUUUAAAAAGGAAAUCAUUGAUUUGCUAAAUUUUAUAGGAUUAACAAUUCAGUAAUCAACUUUUUCAUUUUAAUCUCGAUUUCUAUCAUCUGAAUAUAAAUAAGUUAACUAAUAAACAAUUAAUGAACUUGGAAAUGCAUUAAGAAAUACUUAAGAAUAAAUAUCUAAAAGACAUUAAAUCAUAUCUUAUUUCAAUGAAUUUUUAGCUGAAUUUGAAAAAAGAACUAAAUAAUUUACAGGAUAGAUUAAAUAUUAAUAUCCAAAAUAAUAAUAAUAGAAUGUAAAAAAUAUAUAAAGAGAUUAAACAAAAACAAGAUUAGUUAAAAGAAAUUCUGAAAUUAUUAGUAAUUCUAGAUCUAAUAAUACAUCUAAAAUUGAAUUAAGUAAAAUUUCAAGAGCACAAUCAGAUUUCUCUAUUGAUAAUAACUCUAAAUUAAUACAAUAAUUAGAUUUCAAUAAAAUUUUAUUUAGAUUAGAUUUUAAUCAUAUUUAAGGAGAAGCUAAUAUUAUUAAUGAUUAUACUUUAAAAUCUAAAAAUGGCUGUAUUGCAUUAUUAUAUCCUCCUUUAAAUGAUAUAAUCAAUAAUUAUAUUAAAUUAUCAUUUAAAAUCUAAAGAUGUUAAGGAUUAGUUUGUAUAGGUGUUGCUACAAAUACUUAGAAAUGUAGCUUUGCUAAUUUAGAUUCUAGAGGAAGUAUAAAAAUAACAUAAAUUAUAUAUAGAAGUUUACACUAGUUGGAAUUUCUCAGAACAUAAUAAAUAAACUAAUAUUAAAUUUGGAACAUCUGAUACAAUUAUUUGUUAUGUGAAUAAACAUUAGAAAACUGUUGAAUUUUAGAAAAACGAUGUAUUGAUUUGA